AUGGCUGAGAGGAGAAAUGAUCCACAAGUUUAUCCAUUGUCUCAAAGUUACAAUCACAGCACAGAUUUUAAUGUGAAGCGUGAUGAAGAGUCCGCUUUCAGAAAGCAGGAUGAGAUUCGUCGCAAUUACAAUGCGAGUCUCAACGUCACGAGGGAUGAAGGGUCGGAUUCAAUAGAGUCGGAUGAGAUUCGUCGCAAAAAGCGUUUGAAAUACCUUGCAUAUUUUGUUUCCUUUGUUGUGUUCCAAACUGGUAUCAUAGUGCUGUUUUCUCUAACCGUCAUGAAGGUAAAAACUCCCAAAUUUCAGGUAAGAUCAAUAACUUUCGAUCACUUUGAAGUUCGUACAGCUCCGAAUCCUUCGUUUAAUUUUAUUGCAAGUGUCGAGGUUGGUGUGAAAAACAAGAAUUUUGGAACGUAUAAGUUCCAAGAUAGCAAGAUGUAUUUCUCCUAUGAUGGCAUGCCAAUUGGGGAGGCCUUUGUUCCUGAUGGUAAAGCUGGAUGGCUGUCAACCAAGAAGCUAAAAAAUCUGGCCACGGUACUCUUAUCAAACAAUUUGCCUACCAAUUCGCAACUCGGAAAUGAUCUCAACUCUGGAGUCUUGAAGUUGAAUGCUCAAUCCCAAUUGAGCGGAAAGGUGACUCUAACGUUCAUGUUCAAGAAGAAGAAAUCCACAAACCUAAAUUGCAACAUUACUAUCGGUUUGGCUGACAAAGCUGUUCGAGAAAUUGACUGCAAUUGA